UGUGUAACAUACUCUGAGUACUGUAUCUAUAUCGUCGUCAUGCACUUCUCCACUCGGCGCAGAGUUGCCUUGGUGAUCCUCGUCAUCGUCGUGUUGAUCCUCAUUUUUCUGGGCAUCUUCCUGGCGUUAGGCAAGUAUGGGUAUCUCGAAAUCUUGCGCAACGCAGGUUAAAUAACAGACAAAGGUUGUCGUUCACAGGGAAAACGAAGCGAAGUAGAGAAGCCUCAGGAGUGAUACCGCCGCCUCCUGAUCCCAACAGACCCCAUCACCCCUCGAGCCUACCGAUCUUUAAAGGUCUGCUGGCGAACACAAUCGAUCACACGGUUUUACUGCUCGACCUGGAAAGCUGCGACUACGAUCUGAUGGUCGACGUGCACCCCUACGGCGUCACCGCUUUCGAUUACUACCUCAACGAAAGCGUGUACUAUGGUACCACCAAAUCCAUCGAGCCGAUCAAGUGUACCACCGAGAGUGAUGAGGAAUUCAUGAAAAAAUCGAGGUGCUGGACCAAGACGGCUUUGGCCGUGGAUUUCAUCACUCAGAAGGUGUACGUGAUCGACGGGGAGACCGAGCAGUUGAAUCUGAUGGAUUUCAGGGGAGAUCACCUCGCCAUUCUCAUGACGAAUCUGGACCAACCAAAGGACGUCGUUCUCGAUCCGCGUAGAAGUCUGAUGUUUAUGCUCCAAACGUCGUCGAUACUCCAAGCGAACAUGGACGGCACAGAGGUGAAAACUAUUCUCGAAGACCCAGACCUCACAGCCAUCACCCUGGACCAUGAUAAUGCAAGAAUUUACUACUCCAGCUCGUGUGCCAUAAAAAGCGUGGACUACAUCGACGACUGGAUUUCACCUGUGCUGAUAACGAUGACAGACGACGAAGUAUCGAGUCUGGCUGUUCUAGAUAAUCAGCUUUAUUUCGUCGGUAUCUUCGAGGAGUCAGGCCGCAGAUCUCUCACCUCUUGCUCGAUCGUCGGUAACACCUGCAAGAAGUUCCAGCACAAUGUUAUCGAUCCAUGGUUAGCUUCCAAAAUUCAGAGCAUAAAGGCCUACGACAAUCGUAAACUUGUGCCGAGAAAUCCGUGCGAGUGGAUGAACGCCGAAUGCGAACAUCUAUGCGUUUUGACCAACAGCCCGAGGAGUUACACCUGCAUCUGCAGCCCCGGUUAUCGGCUGAACAGUGAUCAGAAGACGUGCACUCGUAUUAAGAACUACUUGUUGUACAUAGAAGAUAACAAGAUAAAGAGGAGCGUGUUGGAAGCCGGUGAACAAUUUUUGAGAGCUGUGGACUCGAGCACUCUGAUCGAUGCUUCAGCUCUUAAGAUGAAGAAGCUUAUCAGCUUCGAUUACAGUUUUGAUGGCAAUUUUUUGGUCUACACGGACUACUCCAACAUGCACUACGCCGAUUUGAUAAACGGAACGACUUGGAUGAUCAAAGGAAGGGUGGAUUGCGGUUUAAUUCCUGCUAUUGACUGGUUGUCCAACAAUUUAUACUAUGCGAGAAAUUGUCAAAGCCAAAACAGUCAAUUGAUGGUACGAAGUGUCAGCGAAUUGUCAGCUUCCUUCGAGUCUGACAAUUUUCUAGUGAAGUUCAGUGGGCAUGUGGGUGCACUGGUUGUGCAUCCGUUUCGAAAUAUGAUUUUUUUCACCCAAUACUCGAAAGAAUUUGGCAAAUACCUGCUGCACGCUAUCCACACCAAUGGAAGCAAAUACAAUUUUGGCCGAAACAUCGCCGCUUACGAAACCGGAUUGUGCAUCGACUACGUUGACGGGAGACUCUACUGGCUGAGCGAGGAUGCCAAGAAAAUUUUCUAUGCGAAUUUUGACGUUUUCGAGCCGAAGGCAAUUGAUAUUCCGAUUAUCAGCAAUCCAAGAACUAUCAGUGCGUUUAACGAUUGGUUGUACAUCAGUAAUUUGACCGAGAUUUGGCGCGUUAACAAGGAAACCGGCGGUGAUGCAGCGAGAGCAGUGCCCGUUUCAACAAGUAAAUUAAAAGUGAUUCACGACGCAAAGGUGUUUCGUCGAGUUUUGCAACCGAUCGAUAAGCAUCAUCGACAAGGCGAGAUAGCUGACGUCGACUUGAAACUUAUUAAAAGAUAAGUCUUUAUCGGAGAAACUGAGGCAGUAUCGCAGUGGUUUUUAUUAUUAAUUGAAGUAUUAUUAGAUAUAAUGCAACUAUAACAACGAGUGUCUGAACUGACAAUGUAAAAGUGAACUGUUAUGGUUUUCUCGUGCAGUUUAAGAUUUUUAUAAAAUUUAUUGAUCUAAUUAUAGAAAUAGGUAACCAUUGUGUCUACGGUGAGAUAAAAUUUCGAUUUCUUAUGAGAAUAACAAAUAUAAUAGCGGUAAUCGCACUAUAUACAUAUAUUACAUACUAUCAGUUUUUAGCAUAAAGUUAAAAAUAUUUUUGUUAUUUAUUAAUGAUUUCUCGAUAAAUAAAUUUGAGUGAAUCAAUAUAC